CGCGCGCGCCGCUCGGGUCGACGCCGCGUCGCUCGGCGAGAUCGACGCGAACGCGCGCAUCGCGAUGCUCGACGACGGCGACGUCGAUGCGCAGCGCGCGUCCGCGCGCGAAGCCGCGCCUUUAUUGCGGACGGAUGAAGACGCAACCAGGGUGUUGGCGCAUCCCGCGACGCGUUCGUCGCGCGCGGUGACGCUCUGGACGCUCGCGAGCGCGCUCGUCGGCGCUGGACUCUUCGCGUGCGUCGACGGGACGCGCCGCGAGGUGAAACACCGCGCCGCGCUGGGUGAAGCGUGGGAAACAGAGUGGGGCGCGCUGGACUUGGGCGAACGCGCGACGCGCGCGACGGCGGCGUUGCAAGGGAAAACCGAAGGGCACGGGCUGCCGGUGUUCUUGCACAUCCCGAAGGCCGGUGGAACGACGAUCGAAACCGCGCUGGGGGUGUUGGGAAUCGAUGUCGGGUAUUGUCACCUCCCCGAAGCGCGCGGCACGCCGACGCCGUACGAGACGAGUCCGACGUUUGAGAACGAGGCGUGGCACAGGCCGCCGGCGGCGUUCGUUCCGGAUUCGUGGGCGAUCGUGCGGAAUCCGUACAGACGGUUCGCGAGCGAUUUCUUGUGGGCGAAAUAUUUAGGGUCGGAGCCCGGGCAGUUUUGGGGGUUGAACCCAGGGUAUAGCGAGCGGAACUGCGAGGCGUUUCAGAGCUACGUGAAGGAUAUGAUCUCACCCGCCGCGUCGCCGGAUGGAUGGAUGGAUGAUAAGUUCAAAUGCUACAACGACGCCAAGUUCACCCUACAGGGCAUUGCUGACUGCGAGACGAAGUAUCCGGGCUUUAAGAUUCACCUCGGCUCGCACGUGCUACCGCAACGCAUCACGACGGCGUACGCCGAACGCGUCUUCAAAUUCGAGGAAUGCUUCGACUCCGCGCCGGGGAAGUGCAAGGACCCGAGAAACAUGAUCGAGCAAGACAACAUCAUCGCUUUCAUGCGUAAUCGCUACACUCCAGCGGUGACGAUCGAAGAGAAAAUUAACGAAUGGAACGCCGCCGUGGAGAAGCCCGAUGUCAUGUCGUGUUGGGCUGAAUUCGACCCGGCGAUUUUACGCGUCUACGACGCCGUCUACACGCACGACUUUGCGGGAUUCGGAUACAACAAGAUAUCUCCCAAGGGCACCACCGACGGCACGUCCGUGUUCGAUAACUCGGCACACACCAAUCACCACGCCGACGGCAAAACGCUCGAACAGCUCAGGUCAGAGCUUCCCGAAAACACACCCAUCAUGGACGUCCAGGGACCGAAGUGCGACGCGGGGGCGCCGGCCCUCGGCCGCUCGAACGAUCGCGCGCGUUGAGCCGUGC